GCGGGGCGGCUCGAGCGAGCAGAUGCGGCUGGAGGCGCGCGGGAGCCGGGUGCGAGCAGGGCGCAGCUGCGAGGGAGGCGCGGGGGAGGCCAGCGGGAACCCGGGUGCCAGCAGCAGCAGCAGCAGCCUGUGUCGGCGAAGAGCAGUCGGGCGCAACCGGAGCCGCAGUCGCGAUGGCCGUGGCUGUGGGGAGACCGAGUAAUGAAGAGCUUCGAAACUUAUCGCUUUCUGGCCAUGUUGGAUUUGACAGUCUUCCUGACCAGCUGGUCAACAAAUCCACUUCUCAAGGCUUCUGUUUCAACAUCCUGUGCGUGGUGACACUGAUUCUCUCGGAGGCCCCAUCCACACUCACCCGGGUCCAUCUCCCCUUUGCGGUGGUUGGCAGCACCGAAGAAGUGAAGAUUGGCAACAAGAUGGCCAAGGCCAGGCAGUACCCCUGGGGUGUGGUGCAGGUUGAGAAUGAAAACCACUGCGACUUUGUGAAGCUGCGGGAGAUGCUGAUCCGAGUCAACAUGGAGGACUUGCGGGAGCAGACGCACACUCGCCACUAUGAGUUGUACCGGCGCUGUAAGCUUGAGGAGAUGGGCUUCAAGGACACCGACCCCGACAGCAAGCCCUUCAGCCUACAGGAGACGUAUGAAGCAAAAAGGAACGAGUUCCUGGGAGAGCUGCAGAAGAAAGAGGAGGAGAUGAGACAGAUGUUUGUCAUGAGAGUGAAGGAGAAGGAGGCGGAACUUAAAGAGGCGGAGAAAGAGCUUCAUGAGAAGUUCGACCUCCUGAAGCGGACACACCAAGAAGAGAAGAAAAAGGUGGAAGACAAGAAGAAGGAGCUGGAGGAGGAGGUGAGCAACUUCCAGAAGAAGAAGGCGGCGGCUCAGCUCCUGCAGUCCCAGGCCCAGCAGUCGGGGGCCCAGCAGACCAAGAAGGACAAGGAUAAGAAAAAUAGUCCCUGGCUCUGCACGGAAUAAACGAUACUCUCAAAUCUAAUUGGAUGUGCUUUCGCCUUUGCAUGUAAGUACAGGAGUGAGAACUCUGGGAUCUUUCUGUCUGAGAUUAGGGGAAACAAACUGGACAGAUGAGUUUGGUUUUUGUUUUUUGGUUUGUUUUUUUUUUUUUUAAAGCUAAAUGCAUCUCUGCCAGCCACAUUUCCAUUUUGCCCCACAGUUUCUGCUUCCUCUUGGUCUCAGUGGAAGUAGAGUAUUGCUUACUCAUUGCAGACAUCGUUCUGCAUGGCAUCCUGUGGUGGGCCCUGGAUCCUGACAGUGGGAGAAACUCCCACCAUCCCCUGAACAAGAAAUCAGGAAACAAUGUCUCUGUGCCCUCCGGCUCCCUUCCCAUUGGGAUCUUAAUCUGAUGGCCUCACCUUUGUGCUAAAUGCACAGUGACCACUUCUUGUUAAUUGUUUUGUUGGGCAGCCUUGUCUGGCCUCUCUGAGCAUCCUUUGCUCCUUCUGGACAGUGUUCCCUGUAACUGUCUUCCAUGCUGCAGGCUAUAACAGAACGGCUGGCGUCAGAAUUCAGAGGCAGUUCAGGACUGUUUUCCCAGCUUGGGCUCUGUAUUAUUUGACCCAGAGGGGCAUCUCUCAGCCAGGGUAACCAUUCCACCUGACUUGGGGCCUGGGUUUCUCUUUUUUCUCCCUCUCUACUUUGCAACUCACCAGCAACAGCUCUUGCCUCCCCCCCAUCCUGUGCACCUCUGAUGGGUGGACUUGGCUGUCUCACUUUCCUGACACACCCCUAAGUGUUUCACAGAGUCAGUGUUCAGGCGCCCCCUCAUCCCACCCACCCACCCACAUCAUACUGUCUCUGUGUGGUCCUACCAGAACUGUCCAUUUGGAUCCCUUGACUUUGCCAUCCACAAGUGUCUGGACUUGUCAGGUGUCAGUUUCCAAAAGUCCUAGUUCCACGACAGGACGUUUCUUAUGGAGUUGUUAGCUGAAUCAUGACCUACAGAGUAUAGUUUGUAUGUUGGUAUGAAGGGAAUUUUUAAAAAUAAAUUGAAAAUUAAGCUGUGAACAGCAUUAGAACUUUUGUCUAUUUCUUGAUUUUAAAAUAUGCUGAUAUGCCUUAAACUGUAGCUGUAGAACUGUCAUUUUUGCUGUUUGAAGAUAACCAAUGUUUUCUAAACUGUUGUGUAAUCCUUCAGUGUUAAUGCAGAAUUGUCAUGUAUGUACGCUGCAUGUUAGACACUUGUCGUUUUUUUAAGAACUAAAAUAAUUGUACUGAUGUGAAGCAUAUCGGUCCUGCAAGUAUGAAAGUGCUGACUCGGCGAGCCGCCGAGUCCCUCCAGUGUCUGUUAACAUGGUGUGGUGACAGAUGACCUAUGCGUAUAUCACUAGUGCCAAGGCGUAAAACGGGAAAUAUAUUUUUACCCAACCGUU